GGCCACGUAUGUUAGUCCAGCACUGUUAAAAUGCCACUGAGGUUAGAUAUCAAGCGUAAACUCUCGGCUCGGUCCGACCGGGUGAAGAGCGUCGAUCUUCAUCCAACUGAACCAUGGAUGUUGGCAAGUUUAUACAACGGCAAUGUCCAUAUCUGGAAUCAUGAGAGUCAGCAACUCAUCAAGUCAUUUGAAGUAUGUGACCUACCAGUCAGGGCAGCUAGGUUUGUUGCCAGGAAGAACUGGGUUGUUACAGGAUCGGAUGACAUGAGUGUUCGUGUGUUCAACUACAACACGCUGGAAAGAGUCCAUCAGUUUGAGGCCCAUUCUGACUAUCUCCGUGCAAUUGCUGUUCACCCGACGCAGCCCUACAUCCUUACCAGCAGUGACGACAUGUUGAUCAAGUUAUGGGACUGGGAUAAGAAGUGGGCGUGCACACAAGUUUUCGAAGGACACACACAUUAUGUCAUGCAGAUAGUCAUCAACCCAAAGGACAACAAUACAUUUGCCAGUGCAUCGCUCGACAGGACUGUCAAGGUCUGGCAACUUGGAUCACCUACGCCAAACUUCACCCUUGAGGGACAUGAGAAGGGUGUGAACUGUGUUGAUUACUACACUGGUGGUGACAAACCUUAUCUCAUCUCUGGAGCCGACGACAGGCUGGUCAAAAUAUGGGAUUACCAGAACAAGACAUGCGUCCAGACUCUAGAGGGUCAUGCCCAAAAUAUUUCUGCCGUCGGAUUCCACCCAGAACUCCCAAUCAUCAUGACUGGUUCGGAAGACGGAACUGUACGAAUCUGGCACGCCAACACGUAUCGGUUAGAAAGUACGCUCAACUAUGGUUUGGAGCGAGUGUGGGCGAUAUCGAGCAGGAAGGGAUCUAAUAAUGUGGCCCUUGGUUAUGACGAGGGAAGCAUUAUGAUCAAGCUCGGACGUGAAGAGCCAGCCAUGUCCAUGGACAGCAGCGGUAAAAUCAUCUGGGCAAAACACGCCGAGGUCCAACAAGCAAAUAUCAAAGCUCUGGUCGACCAGGAGGUCAAGGAUGGAGAACGAUUAUCUCUUGCUGUGAAAGACAUGGGAAGCUGCGAGGUCUACCCUCAGACGAUUUCCCACAACCCUAAUGGGAGGUUUGUUGUGGUGUGCGGUGAUGGUGAGUACAUAAUCUACACAGCGAUGGCACUCAGAAACAAAAGUUUUGGUUCGGCGCAAGAGUUUGUCUGGUCGCAGGAUUCGUCCGUCUAUGCCAUCCGGGAGGGAAGCAGCAUGGUCAAAAUAUUCAAAAAUUUCAAGGAGCUGAAGUCGUUCAAGCCAGACUUUGGAGCAGAAGGGAUAUUUGGUGGCUUCAUGCUUGGAGUGAAGUCUGUCGGUGGUUUGGCUUUCUAUGAGUGGGACUCAACAGAUCUUGUCCGACGGAUAGAAAUUACACCAAAAACUGUCUAUUGGAACGAGAGUGGGGAACUGAUGUGUAUAGCGACGGAGGAAUCCUUCUUCAUCCUCCGGUACAGUCAGGAUGCUGUGGAGAAAGCCAAGGAGACCAAGGAAGGCAUCACUGAAGAUGGCAUUGAGUCUGCCUUUGAGGUUGUUGGCGAAAUUGAAGAAAUUGUGAAGACUGGUCUCUGGGUUGGUGAUUGCUUCAUCUACACAAAUAGUGUGAACAGACUGAAUUAUUACGUGGGUGGAGAGAUCGUUACUGUUGCACAUUUAGACAGAGUUAUGUACCUACUUGGCUACAUUCCAAAAGACAAUCGUCUUUAUCUUGGCGACAAGGAGCUCAAUGUUGUCAGCUAUUCACUCCUUCUCUCCGUGCUAGAAUAUCAGACAGCGGUCAUGCGACAAGACUUCGAGACAGCCGAUAAGGUCCUACCCACAAUUCCCAGGGAGCAACGAACAAGGGUUGCUCACUUCUUAGAGAAACAGGGCUUUAAAUCACAAGCCUUAGCAGUGACCUGUGACCCCGAACACAAGUUUGAACUCGCAGUUGGUCUAGGAGAUCUAAAAAUAGCCUACCAGAUUGCCAAGGAAUCCGAGUCGGAGCAGAAAUGGAAACAGUUAGCGGAAUUGGCAACGAGUAAAUGUGAAUUUGGAUUGGCGCAGGAGUGUUUACACCAAGCGCAAGACUUUGGCGGAUUGUUGUUGCUGGCGACGUCGGCUGGGAAUGCGGACAUGGUGCAGAAGCUUGGCGAGGCGUCAGAGAGUAGUGGUCAACACAACGUCUCAUUCUUAUCUCAUUUUAUGCUCGGAAAUCUUGAGAAGUGUUUAGAGGUUCUGAUCAGCUCAGGCCGGUUACCAGAGGCAGCGUUCUUUGCCAGAACAUACCUACCAACUCAAGUAUCGAGAGUGGUCAAACUGUGGCGAGAAAGCUUGGGAAAAAUCAAUGCCAAGUCAGCGCAGUCGUUAGCAGAUCCAGUCGAGUAUGAAAACUUAUUCCCCGGAUUGAAGGAUGGCUUCAAAACAGAACAAUACAUGAAGGCACCGCGGACGAAGAGACUGCCCGCAAAAAGUUAUCCACAUGUUCCGCCAAAUCAUGAUCGACAGCUGGUCGAAGAGAUGCUGGCAGCUGAAGAAAGUGGUGCGUUUGCCUAUGUACCUCCAGCAGAAGAUGCGGCGGGUGAGGAUGAAGAGAAGGAAGAUGCUGAGGCAAUGUCAACGCCACCAGUAUCACCAAGGGAAAAGAAGCUGCCGAGAGAAAAAGAGUCACCAAAAGAAAAAAUUGCACCUGUGGCCCCUGAACCUGAGCCCAAGGCUCCUGAACCCAAAAAACCUUUAUCGGAUGCUGCCAAGAGAGUGCAAGAUUUAGAAAUGGAGCUAGAGUUAGACCUCGAUAACUUGAACCUUGAUGAAAAUUUAGACAACUUUGAACAGCAAGAAGUGGAGGAUGUGAACUUAGAUGAAGAUUUGCUGGAGGAUUAACCCACCAGAUGGCAGGAUUGGUGUACAAAAGAGACAUUUCUAAAUUAUUCAACAAAGACGGACCAUGCACUCUUAAAUUAUAUACAUUUCAUUGGAUGAAUGUAGCGGAUAGAAACUUGUGAAUAACGUGAAGAGUCGAGAAUAUCAAGAUAUUCUUGCAUAGAGAGAUCGAGUGGUGUAGUUUUGUGCUCUGAUAUGGAGCAGAUAAUGUUAUUGCUUAUCAUCACUGCUUCUUUCUAAUAAUGGAGAAAGAUACUGCUGUAUUCAAUAGAAAAGUCCCUGGAUUCUGCGUCUCACCAUUUCAGCAGUCAAUUUUUGUUCAAAAGAUAUGAUAUAUUUUUGACUUUUAGAGUUAAGAUGUCGGGAGGAAAAGUUGAACAUUAUGCCUGAGUGACGUGUUCAUGCUCGAUGUGGAGGGCGGCUGGUUCUGUUGUGUUUUGGGAUCCAGGAUCCUAAAAUACAGUUGAUGCACCAUUAUUUUUGGAACUAGACCACAUGGGGUGUUGCAUUGUGAUUUCUCCAUUGUAAAUGUCGUGCAUUUGUUCCGAAACAGCAUUUAGCUGAUGGCAUGACACUGUAGAAACGAUUUUCCAGUCGAAUGCUACAAGUCUCUUGAAUGAAGGGCUGUACUUCAAAACAAAUAUUCAAGGAUGUUUAAGAACAGUUUCAAAACUUCUGAACGAAAAUUUAUGGUUUAUACAUGUACGAAUCAGAUUACCGUAAAUAGCAUUAAACUGCCUUGUAGCACUGUCUUGUAGCAGUGCCUGUGGUGUACAGAGAAGGUGAAUAGCAUGGAUUUGUAAAUAUCUAAACGAAAUCGAACUGGGUAAACAUUGUUCUUACCAGCUGCAAUUUUGUUUGGACAUGUUGAAUACUGAUGUCCGGGGAGGGAUUUUAUGCGUAAUAGAUCUAGUCAACAGGUUUCUGUCGGGAACCCCCUCCCCCAGUAAGUGAAAAUGGUUGAAGGAUUGGAAUCUGGGUAUAUUUCAUGUAUUUGCUUCAUUGAAAUUUAAUUAAAUUUUGGAAAAUUUCAGUAAGUUUUGCUGUAUAAUUGAUGUGGCUCUCAUUCUAAAGCGUACUAUUCCAUGCUAUGUAAAGUUUAUAUUAUUGUAAGAAUUAACUGAAUGUACUAAAUAAACAAACAUA